AUUUUUGGGCUUACAGACACUAUGGCCUUAUUCACUAACGAAGCCCGAUUUUUUCAGAUUUAGGGUGUUCUUCUGGGCAUGUUUUCUCCAAAAUGAAGUCGGUGAACCCCCAUUUUUUUUUUUACAUUUCUGACAUAACUAACUCAUCAUCUUACAGUGGUAAAAGUCUCAGAAAAAAAUCAAUGUUGGAAAAUUUUCGUGCAAAUGUCCUUAAGUGACCACCUCCUAUUUUUCCCAAGGGCGGCCACUUAAUGGGAGUUCAGCUGUAGUUACAAAUAUAUUGUAUGAGAGUUUUUAAUGCUACAUUUGUCUUAAGAUGUAUCCAGACAUUUCGGCUACUUUUAUCACGUGAUUUAGAAUUAAAAUAAUCAUACUCCUAACUGGAUGGUAGACUAUUUCCGAGUAAAAUAUUUUUGCUUCUGUUAAUAAACGAAUUUUCGUUGUGGAAGGAAAAUUUUGUAAAUGAGGGAAACUAUUUAUUAAAUAUAUGAUACUCAGCAAUAAAAGAAGCAAUUUUAGAAAACUUUUCACCUUUGCAGUUAUUUGAGGUACAAAACAAAUGCACAACCCCACCCCCUAAUCUGUGGGCGCGCCCAGCCGGGGACAUUUGGUGGCGAAUUACAUAAGUUAUCACAGUCAAGGAAACAACAUGGCGGCUCGUAGAGCUACUAUAAAAAGAAAUCACAAAACGCAAAGCGCCAAAAGUGAAGAGGUAAACUUCUCGGAUCAAAUCAAAGGAGAAGGCGAGAAAAGCAUUUAUUUCCAAACAGACUACAACGAUAGUUUAAGUAUCUCGCCUUCUAAGAAAGCCAAACUAAAGUCCGAGAGAAAUGGUCUGCCUUUGACCAAACUUGACAGGUCUUUUUACGACCGUCCAACUGAAGUCUUAGCCAAACAACUCCUGGGAAAGUUGCUUUAUCGUGUUCUUGAUAAUGGCGAAGUGCUUUGUGGACGAAUCGUGGAGACUGAGGGGUAUUUGGGCGAGGUUGAUAAAGCUUGCCAUUCGUUUGGAGGUAAACGGACUGCUCGCACUGAACCAGUGUACAUGGCGCCUGGAACAGCGUAUGUCUACAUCAUUUAUGGAAUGUAUCACUGUCUAAACAUCUCCAGUCAAGAACCUGGUGCUUGCGUGUUGAUCAGAGCUUUGGAGCCGCUUCAGGGAAUGAAUUGCAUGAAAUCGUUUAGAGGGGUGCGUCGACGGGACGGUGGUAGCAAGCUGAAAGAUCAUGAACUCAACAAUGGACCCUCAAAACUUUGUCAAGCGCUUUGCAUUGAAAAAGCUAAUCUCAACAAGGAAGAUAUCUCUACUUCAGAAAGACUCUGGAUUGAAGAAGACAAGGAUUACCAAAUGAAAGACAUUACUGUGGUGACAUCGACAAGAAUAGGAAUAGAUCCCUCUAAAUUGGAGUGGGCUCUUAAGCCGUUGAGAUUUUAUAUUUUAGGAAAUAAAUGUGUCAGUGUUAGGGAUAAGAAAGCCGAGUCUGAACUGUAGCCGUAAAUGUAGGUAACACUGUUAGGUAAAGUUCUUCUUUCUCCUCCUCUCCAUAUCAUGGGUAACAUGAUUGAAACUGGAAAUUAAAGAAGUUUGCG